AUGGAGAGGGAGCAGGAUGCAAUGCGAGUUAAGGCCCUUGAAGAAGAGAGGGAAAGCAUUGAAAAGGAGAGAAUGAAACUGACAGAGGAGAAGAGGCAGGUAGAAGAAAUGAAGGUUUGGAUUGACCAAGAUAGACUGGAGCUUGCAGCACUAAAACUGGCUGAGGCUGAACAAAGAGAGAGAGAGUAUAUGGACAGAAAGCAAGAGUUUGAGGAUGAGAAAAGAAAGACUGAUGCAGAAAGAGAGAGAGUGAGGGAGGAUAUUGAAAAAGACCUGAAAGAGUUAGAGGCUCAGAGAGAGAAAUUUGGAGAAAAGGAGUUGAGGCUCAGGGAGAAGGUGGCAAAGAAAAAAGAGAAGUUUCUCGUGAGAAUGAAGGAGUUGGAGGCUGAGUGCCAAAAACUUGAAACAAAGAAAAAGACAGUGGAAGAGGAGCUGAAGCUAAUGCAGGGGAAAGUGUAUCACCUGAAAGCACAGCUGCUGAAGGACGAGAGAAAAAGGGAGAUGCAGAGAAAAGAGGACAAAACGAGCCAGUCGAGGCUUGAGCAGGAGCGGACGUUGGAGAAAAAGAGAUGGGAGGAGCAGAUAGAGCUGGAGAGAAAGAGACUAGAGGAAACCAUGGCGAUGGAGAGGAUAAAACUGGAAGACAGUGUGGAGCUGGAGAAGAGGAGAUUGUGGGAGAACCUGACGAUGGAGAAAAAGAAAAUGGAGUAUAACAUGGAGAUGGAGAAAAAGAGACUGGAGAUGGAGAAAAAUAGACUGGAGGAUAACAUGGAGUUGGAGAAAAGGAGACUGGAGGAUAAUAUGGAGUUGGAGAAAAGGAGACUGGAGAUGGAGAGGAAAGAAGUGGAGGCUCAACGACUGCACUUGAUAGAGACGGAGAGAAAGUUGAUGGAGAAGGUGACAAUGAAGAAAGAAAAGACUGCUUCAAAGAUGAAAGAGGUUGAGGAAGAAUGGAAAAAGAUUGAGGCAGAGCGAAAAGCCAUGUUUGAAAGGAUAGAAAUUCAGAGGAUGGCAUCCAGAAGGAAGCAGCUUGAGGAUGAGUGGAAAAAAAUAGAGAGUGAUAGGAAGACUAUGGAGGAGAGAAUACAGAGUGAACUCAAACAAGUGGAGAAUCAGAGAGAGAGACUGAUGAAGAUGGAGCAAGAGCAUUGGGAGGAACUGGACAAGCAAGAGGGGAAAUUUCUGGACAAGUUAGACGCUGAAAAAAGAAAACUUCAGAGAAAGAGGAAGUGGCUCGAGAGGGAGCGAAAAGAACUGGAUGAGAAGAUAGAGGUUGAGCGAAGGGAGGGAGAGAUUCAGAAAGAAAAGCUACAGGAAAAAGAGAGGAGACUGCGGCACAAAGACACCACAAGACGAGACAAAGGAGCCAUGAGAGAGAUUAAGAUUGGGGAGGAGAUGAAUGAGAUGGAAAUGAUGAUGGUGGAGAAAUUUGAAACUGAGAAAAAAUCAUGCCCAAAGAAAGAGGACACACCAAAGAAAGCUGUUGUUGUGGAACAUGUCAGUAGCCAUGGCGAUAAUAAUUGGGAUGAUAGUCCUCAGGAUACACCAAACAAAUGCAAAACCUCCUCAAAGAACCCAAAGGCUGAGAUCACUGAUGAGAAGAAAAAUGACAAUGAUGAAGAUUCUUCCUGGGACAGUGAUGAGGAGGAAUUAUUCCCACAACCCAAAAAGCCAAUAUGUAACAUCUCCUACAAGCAUCUUAUUGCAGGGCAUCUGAAAGAGGACAAAAAGGAGCCAAAGCUUGAUGCCUGUGUUGGAGAACUGGAGAAAAGAAACGCACCCAAAGUUGGGGGGUCGGUGACUGCAAAGGACGCUGAUGAUUCUCCAUGGGACGACGAUGAGAUUGAUCUGGGACCCAUCCAUCUGAAAGACACCACAUUAAAGAAAAACACACCAGGGAAGACCAAGGUUAUCGUCAAGGACAAUACUAUCAAACAUGAUGAAAGUCUCCAGGCAAAGAAAGGGCACGGCAUGGAAGGCCGAAUAGAGACUGCAGAAGCAAAUGUGUCAUUUCUAAAUGUGAUGGAUGAACAACAGCUGAUCCCACCAAUAGAGGAGGGGAAGAAUAGUGAGGACGAAGAUGACAUAGACUAUGAUGAGAUGUGGAGGGAGAUCGAGGAGACGGAGAAAAGAAUGAAGCAAAAUAAGAAAAACACAAAAUAUUGA